UAACUUAUUCUCGUGAUGGCUCCUCCCCAUCCUCACCUUUCCUAUCGUUCCCCUCGCGGCCUUUGCAUGUUUUAGUUGCCAUACACAGCAACACUUUUGUGGUCCUUUACUUCUCUAUCUUUCGUAAAUACCUUACCUAUCAUUUUUUUCUGCCCACCCUCCCUGCUUCUCUCUCUAUCCCUCUCUCACUCACCCCCUCUCUUGCGUCCUCUCGUUACUUCCGCCUUCGUUCUAUGCUCCGCUUUCUUAUUAGUCGUCGUCUUCCUCGCAUCUCCAAUGCUUGCGCUCGGCCUGGUUCCUCAGGAUGGCCACCAUCGAGCCACGGCUAAUGCACUUGCUGAACGACAGUAAGAGCAAUCAUGAUCCAAACGAACUUCCGCCUCUACAGUCGUUCCCGAUCCCCAAGGGCUCAGCUGUGCACGUGUCGCUCCCCUCGCUCAGCCUAGAAAUCGAACAGCGUGAUGAGCAAUUUGCCGUGAAGCUUCCGGCCGGACCGCCACUACACCACAUACCUCCGUUCUCGACGUUAAAUUCCCUCGACGAUAAUGCUUCGGCGCAACACAUCCCGCCCCUGUCUUUGGUUGAGUCAUCUGAGGAUACGCCCUCGUCCCAGCAGAUCCCACCUUUCUCGACUUUCGAAAGUCUCGACGAUGCGCCUCAUCGAUCCGGUCCUCCGACCAGACUCCCAAACCCCACCUACGUCUUUGAUGGGCCCGCUCGAAUUCCACAAACAGCCAACCAGUCAAUACGCGCCCUCCUAGGAGAUUCCAGCCCUGUAGAGUCUUCAUCUCACUCCCUUCGCAAAAUACUCGACGACCUGCCGCCCGAGCUAGGUAUUCAUGACGAUGCCACAACCAAGAAGCGGCAUCGGGCUUUGGCCGGCAAGGAGGAUUUUGUGCAACUUCCACAGCCUCUGAAGAAACAGAAGUCGGCACAGCAGGUCAUGCCACCUAUAAUCAAUGGCCUUCACGAACCACCACCUAACGCGGCUGUAUUUCCCCCGAUUUCCUCGGUCGAAUUCAGAAAUGGCGACCACUCGCUGAGCUUGAGACCGCUCAAAGACCUGGGUCAUAUUCCAGAGGACAGGCAUGCACCGGUCACGCCGACUGAAGACAAGACAGCACAACCAGCUGUCAAGACCAGACGCAGGACCAAGCCCAGAAGGAAGUGGACAGAGGAGGAGACGAAUCAUCUGCUGAUUGGAGUUAGUCGGCAUGGGGUCGGGAAGUGGACCAGUAUAUUGGAGGACCCUGAUUUUCAGUUCAACGACAGGACUGCCGGUGAUCUCAAGGACCGCUUCCGCACCUGCUGCCCCGAUGAAUUGAGGGGUCAGAUUAACCCCGGCGCCGGUGCAGGCAAGGGAAGGGCUUCUCAGGCAGCUACCACUUCGCCUACUUAUUUAACAGAUACCCAAGCGAGAACCAAGAGGACUCUGAUGCUUGAGAAUAUCCUCAUUGGGAAUGAUUCUCAGCCGGAACACGAUGCCCUGAACAUGAGCCCUGCAAACGCCACGGCAGCCAGCACGAGCACGUCGCCUGUCUCUUCGUCAUCCCAGCCCCAGCCAAAAGCAUCCGGAGAUGCAUCCCAGAAACCCCGUAAGAGUCGAGCUCACCGAAAAAAGCUUGAGGAUCUUGCUGAGCUUGGAAUCAGCGGCCCAUUCAAAAAGUCACACCGACGCGAGCGAAGACCCUUCACCGAACAAGACGACAAGGAAAUAUUGGAAGGAAUCCACCGUUACGGGCCAGCUUGGACCAAGAUACAGAGGGAUGAGGCCUUUAAUUUGUCAAGCCGUCAGCCAACCGAUCUAAGGGACCGCGUGCGCAACAAGUAUCCAGAUAUCUACGCCAAGAUAGAGAAGGGAGCGUUUCAGAUCAUCAAGGAGCCAAACAACAGUCAUCGUAACAACCUCAUGGAGCCCACGGUGAACACUACCAUUGAGAAUUCGCUCACCUCGGUGAACAAAUCAGGAGGGUCAUCUCUAGAAGCUCAACUGAACCGUACAGGUUCAAAGGAAAACCUCCCAAAGUGGUCGUUGCAGCACUAUGCACACGACACGUCCGAGACGAGCACAACGGGCCACCACGACCAACCAGGAUCGUCACUCCCUGGGAACUCCGGGGAAAUGGACAUUUCGAGGUUGCUUCUAGACGACACGCAGAAAUGAUCCUUGUUCCUCAUUGGUUUCUCAACCCGGCCAUUCGCGUUCCAUGGGGAGAACUUUGUGUGGACGCAAGCAAUUCCCCAACGAAGUGGUAACUGCAUGACCGUUCUGGUUAUGACAAUGUUCUAUUGCAUCAUGCAUUUAUUUAUGCCACCAGGCUCAAGUUGCUUUUCCAAGCCACAGCAAAUGCUUUUCGAAGCACGGUUUCUGGAAUGUUUCCAGUCACUCAACAUGGGUGUUACCAUCCUCAGUAUUGUUCUUAUGACGCUGAUCUACAGGCGGACAGGUUUCGCCGGCCGGUUCCAUCGGCCUUGUUGCUCUAUUCCCUAUUUCUUAAUACCUUUUAUCGAGUUUGCUGUUUUGUUUUUGUGUCUGCUUUAUAUUUCCUUAUAUUCUGUCUUUUUCGGGAUUCUAGAUUGGAGGCCGCAAAGGCAAGUCUGAAUGUGCUUUUCUUUUCAGCUGGGAAACGGAACUUCUAGAAAAGGACAAAUCCUGUCGUUACAGGUACAGAAACUGAAAGGGUGUACUGUCUUUUGUGAAAAAUUCCCCUCGGAGUCGGGGUUGGACACACGGAUACUGAGAACAGGGCAAGGUCGCAAGACCAAGGUUUAAACUAGAUACGAGAGCGAUCUCACAGACCACGCCGGUCACUUGUUGCAAUUGAGCGAGUUUUGCCUUUUUGAACAAAAAGCCCGAGUCAAAUAGUCGAGUGUGUCUGAUAAGCCUUGUGCAUAUGUUCAUUAUUUUGCUCCGCAAUGUCACUCUCCCUGUAAGUUCGUAACUGAUACUAGACUAUUAGUUCUAGAACUAGAGUCUAGGUAUUAUUAUGUAGGUGCUAUUUCCGUUCCUCAACCCUGACCCUCA